UCGAGUAUCGCGUCUGUCUGUCUGUCUGCAUUGAUCCCUGUUUCCUUUCUUUUCAUCUGCGCGAAGAGAGUGUGCCACCAUGUCUUUCGCUACCAAGCUGAUGCGCACCUCUCGCGCCCUGCGCACGCAAACUCCCAUCCAGACCGCACUGCACAGCGCCCAGUACCAGUUCGCCGCAUCCGCAACGGCCACCGCGAGAACAUAUGCCACCGUAUUCGAGCGCAGCAAGCCGCACGUCAACAUCGGUACCAUCGGCCACGUCGAUCACGGAAAGACAACAUUGACGGCCGCCAUCACCAAGCGACAAGCAGAGAAGGGCUAUGCCAACUUCCUCGACUAUGGCGCAAUUGACAAGGCGCCCGAAGAGCGAAAACGUGGUAUCACCAUCUCGACCGCACACAUCGAAUACCAAACCGACAACCGCCACUAUGCCCACGUCGACUGUCCCGGUCACGCUGAUUACAUCAAGAACAUGAUUACUGGUGCUGCAUCCAUGGAUGGUGCCAUAAUUGUCGUCGCUGCUUCCGAUGGACAGAUGCCACAGACCAGAGAGCACUUGCUGCUCGCCCGCCAGGUCGGCGUCAAGAGAAUCGUCGUCUUCGUCAACAAGGUCGAUGCUGUUGAGGACAAGGAGAUGUUGGAGCUCGUCGAGAUGGAGAUGCGUGAGCUGCUUUCAUCAUACGGCUUCGAGGGUGACGAAACCCCAAUCAUCAUGGGUUCCGCACUUUGCGCUCUUGAGGGCCGUGAAAAGGAGAUUGGCGAGACCAAGAUCGAUGAUCUCCUCGCAGCUGUUGACGAAUGGAUCCCAACCCCAGAGCGCGACCUCGACAAGCCAUUCUUGAUGUCUGUUGAGGACGUCUUCUCGAUUCCAGGACGUGGAACUGUCGCCUCUGGUCGUGUCGAGCGUGGCGUGCUCAAGAAGGAUUCCGAAGUCGAGCUCGUUGGCAAGAACAAGACCCCUAUCAAGACCAAGGUCACCGACAUUGAGACAUUCAAGAAGUCCUGCGACCAAUCGCAAGCUGGUGACAACUCCGGUCUGCUCCUUCGUGGUGUCAAGCGUGAGGACGUCCAGCGUGGUAUGGUUGUUGCAUUGCCAGGCACUGCCAAGUCUCACAAGAAGUUCUUGACUUCCAUGUACGUCCUUACCAAGGAAGAAGGUGGUCGCCACACUGGGUUCGCAAACAACUAUAAGCCACAGCUCUUUCUCCGAACUGCCGAUGAGGCCGCUGCUUUGAGCUGGCCCGAGGGUUCAGAACAGGCUGCUGAGAACAAGAUGGUCAUGCCUGGCGACAACGUCGAAAUGGUCUGCGAGAUCCACAAGCCACUUGCCAUUGAGCAGGGUCAGCGAUUCAACGUACGUGAGGGUGGACGAACAGUUGCCACUGGCCUCAUCACCCGUCUCUUGGACUAAGCGGUCUGCUGAUUAAUGGAGAUGACUGCAGCUUGGAUUGGAUGGUACCUUGUGGAGAUGCAAGGAGGAGAUGCGAAUGACCGAAAGUGUUCGCGGUUGAUGAGGAGAAGAACAUGUAAGAUGAAAUGUACAGCUACGGCCAACGGCAGCUCACCUUCAAGCCAUUGUAUUCGCUGUAAGUUAUUAGGAGAAGCAUACGAAGGGGCUAGAAGGGUGUUGUGAGCAGCAAAAAAGAACGCAUAGCCAGGCGUUGGACUGUCUGUAUUUUAGUCAUUGUGAUACCACCGCAAUAAGCCAAGCCAAGCCAAUCCCAGCUCUUG